UUGCUUCAUCAUUAUUUCAUACAACUACUCUAUUUUAUUUUAUCAUCUUUUUUUUCUUCACCUACUCUAAUGAAUCCUCCACUUGUAGAAGGAUAUUUCUCUCUAUAUGGGAGAAGGAUUGAAUGAAGCAAAAUGGAAAGGAAACGCCCUAGGAAGUUGAAUUUAAAUGCACCACUCUUAUCGACGAGACGACCGGCCAGUUGCCAUGUUAUUGAUCGUGAAGUUUCAUGGAAAGAUUCGAGUAACGGGAUUCCGUUCUGCUGGGAACAAGCUCCUGGAAAACCGAAGGAUUCGGAGAGAAGUAACAACGUUGAUGAAGCCGAAACGCCUCGUCCUAAACCUCCGCCAGGUAGAUGGCGUCCACCUAAAGAAGCAACAACUAGGGAUUAUCACGAUGAAGGGUGCGAUGCUGACGUGGACGAUUACGACAACGACAAAUAUGAUAUAUUCUCCGAUGCUAUGGAAGUUUUGUCACUAACAGAAGCUAUAGACAUUGUUGAAAAAACAGAAGCUAUAGAACAUAGUGAUUUAGAUGGUUUCAACUUAGCGAUGAGUUUAGAACACAGUGAUUGUCCAUCACCGAGUUUCAUAAUCGAUCGGUUUCUCCCCGACGCUAUAGCAUUAGCCGCUUCAUCGGCUAUCAACAUAUCGAAAACGAAGCUUCCUUACAUUUACUCGGAUCAGUCUCAAGCUGUAAUGAAACGAACAUCAUUGUCAUCUCCUAAGGGUUGUGGGCUUGAAAUGUUGUUGCCAUGGCGGAUGAAACAUAAGCUGUGUAGUGUAAGGAAUCCCAUUAAAGAAAGGUCAAUUGCAACCAAUGUUAUGCCACCAAAAACUAGUACAAAGCAGAAGAAAUUGGUUCCAUCAAUUGUAGCAGCUUCUGCAGAAUGGAGAUGUAAAUAAUAGAAGGUUUGUAUGUAUAGACAUAUAGUGCAUGAGAGAAAAAAGGAAUAUUGUAGAAUGAUUUAGAUGCUACUUUUGGGGAUCUAAUUUAUAUUUAAUCAUUAUAUGUACUCUCUUUUUUCUGAAUAAAUUUCUCAAAUUUUAAUA